AAGAAAGAAAGAAAGAAAGAAAGUAAUUCUUGUACCCUCGGAAGAGGUCUUUAUAUAGCCUCGAGCAGCUCAGUGCUUAUUAUAUUUGAGAAGGGAGUUCAUUUUUUAUAUCAGAGCUCAGAGUCUCAAACUGCAUCAAUUCUUCUUCAGCUCUCCUAGAUCAUUCUAUAACAUACUACCAUAACUUAUCACGAACUCCCAAAUUUCAGAAAUAUAAACCUACAUAAACACAUUUUUAUGGACGGUAAGAAAUUAGAGUACAAAGGGGAGGAAGCAUUGAAGGAGCUUGAAAAGCUGACAGAAAAUGCUGCUCAAGUUCAAGAAGAUAUACUGAUAAAAAUCUUGACUCAGAAUAGGGGAACUGAGUAUUUACGGAAGUACCUGGCCUCUGAUGAAAAGGGCUUGAAUUUCGAUGUGGCGCAAUACAAACGUUGUAUGCCAGUAAUAACUUACAAGGAUAUCUGCCCCUACAUCCAAAGAAUCGCUCAUGGAGAAGCCCCCAAUCUUCUCACUUCUCAACCUGUAUCCGAAAUGCUAUGCAGCUCAGGCACGUCUGCUGGAGAACCCAAGCUAAUGCCAUCAACUGAAGAAGAUCUCGAUCGCCGAACCUUUCUUUAUAAUCUUAUCAUGCCCAUUAUGAACCAGUACAUAAGUGGGCUUGAUGAAGGUAAAGCCAUGUACCUGUACUUUGUCAAGGCAGAAACAUCAACUCCAUGUGGUUUACCGGCUAGGACUGUCCUAACCAGCUACUACAAGAGCCAACAUUUCAAGAAUCGCAGCCAUGAUCCUUACAAUGACCUGACCAGCCCCAAUGCGGCCAUCCUUUGUAAUGACAGCAACCAAAGCAUGUAUUGUCAGCUACUUGCCGGACUCAUGCACCGCCACCAAGUUCUCCGCCUCGGAGCCGUAUUUGCAUCUGCAUUUCUCCGAGCCAUCACCUUCCUGGAGCGAAAUUGGCCUAAAUUGUGCUGUGAUAUCAGCACUGGAAAACUUGAUCCCAUGAUCACUGACCCCGAGUGCCAAGCGGCCAUGGACAGCAUGCUCUCCUCACCCCAGCCUCAUCUGGCUGAUGAGAUUGACAGGAUUUGCAGAAGAAGCCGAUCGUGGAGGGGAAUAUUAUGCCGGCUUUGGCCAAAAGCCAAGUACAUUGAGGCUGUCGUCACAGGGUCCAUGUCACAAUAUAUUCCAUCCCUGGAAUAUUACAGCGAUGGGAAAUUGCCUUUGGUGUGUACUAUGUAUGCUUCCUCGGAAUGUUACUUUGGAGUUAACCUGAAACCAUUGUGCAAUCCUUCAGAUGUUUCGUUCACAUUGUUGCCUAACAUGGCGUACUUCGAAUUCAUCCCCAUCAAUGAGAACGGAACAUGGUCAAUUGACCUGAAUGAUGAAGAAGAAGCGCCCCCAAACAAGCUUGUUGACCUAGUUCAUGUGCGAAUCGGAUCAUACUAUGAACUGGUGGUUACAACGUUUGCAGGCAAGCAAUUCUUCUUUGAUUCUCUAGCAUUCCAAGCCUUUGAUCUUUAAGCUUCUUUAUAAACUGACCAUGAUUUAAUCAACUGAAUUGACCAUUUCAAAGCUUUUAACCAUUAGCACCUGCACAUGUUUUUCCUGAAGCUUGUGAAUGAAUGAUUUAUGACAUAUAGUAUGCUCAAGAGUCAGAUGGCAUACCUAGUCUUAUGAUUUUCUUUGAUGAUAUCUUAGCAGGAUUAUAUAGGUACCGGAUUGGUGACGUGCUCCAAGUGACUGGAUUCCACAAUCAAGCCCCACAAUUCCGAUUCAUCUGCAGGAGAAACGUCGUCCUCAGUAUUGACAACGACAAAACUAAUGAAGAAGACCUACACAAGAGUAUCAUUGCAGCAAAAAAACUUCUGGAGCCCUUCAAUGCUUUACUCAUGGAAUACACUAGCUAUGCUGAUACAUCCACCAUACCAGGCCACUAUGUUAUUUUCUGGGAAAUUGCCAACAACAGCAAGGGAAUGGUAGACAAAGUAAUACCUGUAGUUGAUCCAGUGGUUCUUCAAGAAUGUUGUGGUGUCAUGGAACAAAAGCUUGACUACACUUACAGGCGAUGCCGCACUCUUGACAAAUCCAUUGGUCCCCUCGAGAUACGAGUCGUGGAGGCUGGAACUUUUGAGCUGUUGAUGGACAUGUUCAUUAACCAAGGAGCUUCUAUUAAUCAGUACAAAACUCCCAGGUGCAUCAAAUCUAAAGCUGCCCUCAAACUCCUCAACUCUAAUGUGAGGGCUUCCUAUUUUAGUCCAAGGGAUCCUAUCUGGAAUGCCUGAACCUUGCACCACCUGAAGACCUCCAACUUAAACACCUACAUAACUCAUUCUUCCAACCUCUUUUGAUGACAGAAACUUUGCAGAGCAUAACUAACUCGCAAGCAGCAGUUAGAACAAGCUCCACAUUGACCUUUUCAUUCCAAUUAACUAUGGAACUUACUUUCCCUUGGUAUUGCAACCUUCCAGCAAACCAGUCCUGUCUGUUAUCUGCUCUUCCUAUUUUUAACAGAUCAAAACUUUAACUUUAAUCUGGUUUCUUCUGAUACACUUUGCUUCAAAUUUCGAGUGAAUUCUUCUUAUCCAAUUAUCCAUAUUGCAAUUAAUAAUCUUCACAAGAGCAAAGGAUAUUUUUUAUAUAUUUUUUCAUAAGCUGUGCCCAGGGCCCAUAAGGGCAUUCUAAACUGAAUUCUUCUGAAGGUCUUAAGUAUUGUUUGUCAAUGAUAAACAUCAAAUAAGAACACAAUAUGACAUUUCCAGUUCUUGCAGUUGAUGCUAAAAGAAUAACAAAAAAAGUAAAUGAAAGCGUUAUGACCUAGGUACCAUGAAGUGCAACUGGAAUAAAAAAAGGCAAUGACUGUUAGAUCCACAUUGGAAAAGCUUUUAAACAUCAAUACAAUGAGCAACAGAUUGCUCCGAAAGCAUUUAAGAAAAUAAUAGGAGCUAAGUAAGAAAACAUGAUACAAGCACCUCUCUCCUCAAAGGGCCAAAUGGUGAAGAAUAACAUACACAAAACCAACUAAUGCUCAAUCACCCGCUUAGCUCCCUCUAGGGUAUUUUUGAGUAGCAUCGCCACCGUCAUUGGUCCAACACCUCCAGGAACUGGAGUAAUGCGCCCAGCAACUUUACUUGCUUCAUUAUAAUCAACAUCUCCAACGAGCCUAUAGCCCGACUUCUUAGUUCGAUCAUCUACAGCAUUUGUCCCCACAUCAAUAACAGCGGCACCAGGUUUGAUCCAACUGCCUUUAAU